CAACAUUCCAACAAAAGCAGGAUGAAUAAUGGGUUUUGUACAGCUGUCUGUCCCACAUCUGUCUCUCUUCGGGCGUCAUUAAAUUAUCUCAAGGAAUACUAGAUGCCGGGCCUAGGAGUUAUAAAACGAUAGUGUUCCCGCUUUGAAUGUGAUCUGUUCAUCCGUCUACGAGCGAGGCAUACUCUACUUCCGGCCAACGCCUCUCCCCGCUCCCCAGGCACCAACCAACAAAAAGUAUACAUACCACGGAUUACCGGAAAAAUGGACCACUCAAUGCAUCAAGCCGGGAUGGACCAUGGACAUGGGGAUAUGGAUAUGGGCGACCAAUGUAGCAUGAACAUGCACUUCACCUUCUCCUCACACAACCUUUGUAUAAUUUUCAAACAAUGGCGCAUAACAGGACCCUUGUCUCUUCUCUUCUCACUGGUCGCCAUUGCGCUUCUGACCGCUGGCUACGAGGGUGUUCGCGCGUUGGCGCGCCGUUAUGAAGCAAGACAUGCACUGGCGUUGAAAGAUGGGACGAUACCUCCUGCCGGAGGAUACACAUUUGAUGACGAGACGCCGGAUGCCAUCCAUGACAAUAAUGACAAUGACAACGUGCUACCCACUUCCACUGCCCCCCUCCUUUCCAACGCCACCAAUAACGGUGAACCAGCUGGCUCACUAGUCUUCACAGCACGGACCGAUAGGAGGCGGAGGGGCAAGCUGGUUCUUGGGGCCCUCUACGCUGUGCAGGUCUUUUAUAGUUUUAUGAUUAUGCUUCUUUUCAUGACAUACAACGGCUGGAUUAUGCUGGCGGUGGCUGUCGGGGCGUUUUUGGGAUACAUAACUUUUGGAGGCGAGGCGACUAAGCCUGCAUCUUGUCAUUGAUCGUUGCCUAUUGCUGGAUUCAUAUCCCUCCCCCCUCUCUUUGGGUUUUUUUUUUUUUUUUUUUUUUUU